GAGCGGGCGCGGGCGCGGGAGUGGAGCAGCCGCCGCGGGACCGGACCGAUCCUCGCCGGCGCACCUGCCCGCAGCGCCCGCGGAGCGGCCCGAGCGCGACCACCUCCAGAGCGGCGGCCGAGGCGGCUGAGGCGGCGGGGCGCGGGCGAGUCAGGCGGGACGAGGCGCCGAGACAACUUUUCAUGCAUUGGAGACCAGACCAGAAGCACUUCUGAAUUAAGAUCUGAGAUUCCUUGAGGUAGCAUUGAAGAGCACUAGGACCCGAAGAUGAGUGAACUUGACCAGUUACGGCAGGAGGCCGAGCAGCUUAAAAACCAAAUUAGGGAUGCUAGAAAAGCAUGUGCAGAUGCAACGCUCUCUCAGAUCACAAACAACAUCGACCCAGUGGGAAGAAUCCAGAUGCGCACCAGGAGAACGCUGAGGGGGCACUUGGCCAAAAUUUAUGCCAUGCAUUGGGGCACGGAUUCCAGGCUUCUAGUCAGUGCCUCCCAGGAUGGCAAACUGAUCAUCUGGGACAGCUACACAACAAACAAGGUCCAUGCCAUCCCUCUGCGUUCCUCAUGGGUCAUGACCUGUGCGUAUGCCCCUUCUGGGAACUAUGUGGCCUGCGGUGGCCUGGAUAAUAUUUGCUCCAUUUACAAUCUGAAAACUCGUGAAGGGAAUGUACGUGUGAGCCGUGAACUGGCCGGACAUACAGGUUACCUGUCCUGCUGCCGCUUCCUGGAUGACAAUCAGAUCGUCACCAGCUCUGGGGACACCACCUGUGCUCUGUGGGACAUCGAGACCGGCCAGCAGACGACCACGUUCACUGGACACACUGGGGAUGUUAUGAGCCUUUCUCUUGCUCCCGACACCAGACUGUUUGUUUCUGGUGCUUGUGAUGCUUCAGCCAAACUCUGGGAUGUGCGAGAAGGGAUGUGCCGGCAAACUUUCACUGGCCAUGAGUCUGACAUCAAUGCCAUCUGCUUCUUUCCAAAUGGCAACGCAUUUGCCACUGGCUCGGAUGAUGCCACCUGCAGGCUGUUCGACCUUCGGGCGGACCAGGAGCUCAUGACUUACUCCCAUGACAACAUCAUCUGCGGGAUCACCUCGGUGUCUUUCUCCAAGAGUGGGCGCCUCCUCCUCGCAGGGUACGAUGACUUCAACUGCAAUGUGUGGGACGCACUCAAGGCCGACAGGGCAGGUGUCUUGGCUGGGCAUGACAACCGCGUCAGCUGCCUGGGGGUGACUGACGAUGGGAUGGCCGUGGCGACAGGGUCCUGGGAUAGCUUCCUCAAGAUCUGGAACUAACGCGGACAGCAGCUGGACGUCGUGGCGACUGGAAGACCAUUCCAACCUUGAAGCGUUACAGUGAUAGCAUUUCCAAUCCACCCCUACUAACGUGGACGCCCUGCACCCCCUCAGAACUUCAAAAGGGCAAGACCUUUUCCUUCACUUAUUGCUGAAACCAAGAGCACAAUUCCCAUGAAGAGAAGAAUCUCUGUGCUGUAAACUCAAACAAAUUGUGCAUUCCUCCCGGGACCAUUGUCUUUGUUUUCUUUUUUGUCUUGAAAAGGAAAUACUAUAAUAAACGUGCUAACCAGAAGGUAAACUUGAGUGUAAUUGCGAGGCAGACACACCUUUUCACUAGUUCAUUUGAAUUUUAGGUCAGUGACCCUGUUUUGUGCUGUUGAUGCAAAACAAGUUGAGGAUUUUAUCUUGUAAUCAGUUCUAAAUUUCAGGUUGUGUUUGUAACAGAAUUCUGCAAACAUUCAUAUUUCCUUUUUAAAAUAUAUUCCUUUACGUUCAGUAGUUACACAGAGGAAGAGGGUCUGGUGCAGCCUCUCUGAAAUUGUUAAUGAUGUAAAUUGAGUCCCUUGUUUUUUAUUUUUUGUCUCGUGUCACAUAAUUGUUACGCACAAACACGGCAUAGAAAGGAAGAUGCUAAUAAGGAAAGGAACCAAGCACAUGCUGUGGAUGGUCUUGAAUGCGUGAUGAAUAGUAAACUCAGAUUAGGCACCUUCUGCUCCCCGACCUGUCCCCCCUACCUUCUCAGUUCAGUCCUUAAUCUCACCUUGGGUUUCCUUGUGAAGUCGGAGGGACGUUCGUAAUAAUAGCCUAACACUACCCUGCGCCCCACCCCCAGCCGUCAGGAACCUCUGUUUUCCAGAGAGGCGCCCGUCCUGUGCUUGGAUAGUCAGUCAAUUAUUUGUGUAUGAAACCAUGUACAAAUCAAUGUUUUGAAAAUAAUGAUCUCAAACUUUCUAAGUUAAAUUUUAAAAAAUUUGAUCGUUUGCCAUAUUGGGUGGGUUUACUCUUAGAAUCGCAUGCUGUAGAAAUGCUCAAAAGCGCAUAUAGGACUCAGUCCUUAGAUGUUCUUUUUCUUUUAAGAAGUAACCUCUUUACAGUGUAACCACUGCGGCUCUGUCCACUCACGUCUGCACAAGUGUCGGGGGCAGGGCAGCCCGCAGGCUUCACGCUUGGGCAGCGGGAUCAGUCACUCUUUCUUUCUUUCAAAAAAAAAAAAAAAAAAAAAAAGUCCUGUUCCAAAUGAUCACUGUUGGAUUCGGGGGUGGGGGUGGGGGCAGGGAAUGGAGACCCUGGCCUUCCUCUGUGAAUUCCUCCUGGCCUGUCUUUGCCGUGGAGCCAGCCUUUUGCACCUGAGGCGGAUCGUUGUCUAACACGCAGGCCUCCCGGGUCCCACCGGAGGCCGGUGUCCAGCAGCCGCGGUUGGACGGCAGUGCCGUGGGCUGCCUCCCUGCACCCUAGCCCCCUUCCCGCAGCAGCGGUGGCUCCUCUCUCCUCUUUCUGCAGCAGCCUGUGCACAACUGUGCUGUGACAUGCAGGAGGCCUGGAUCUGGCAGAGAGAAUAAACACGAGCCCUCCUUCCUUCCCAUCGACACCUCUGUAGAGCUCUCUGCACCCUGUGCCCCUCACUGUUUGUAUUUAAUUUUAAAGUCAGUGUAUUGCAAGGAGGCUGGAUGCAAGAUAGAUACUAUAUUAAACUGUACCGUUAUUUAAGAUGUAAUAAAGCAGUUUGACAUGA